CAGUAUUGCUGUUAGUCCACUCUGCCAGAAUAUAGGAUCCUCUUUCCUAAGAGCACGGCUCUGCAUGGGCUAUGCAUAUAACCCAGCUCAAUCGGGAAUGCCUGUUGCACCUAUUUUCUUUCCUGGACAAAAACAGUAGAAAGAGUUUAGCCCAGACAUGUCACAAAUUGCUAGAAGUGUUUCAGGAGCCUUUUCUGUGGCCUGUACUGAAUUUCCAUUCUCCUGUGGAACUAAAGAAGGAUAAUUUUCUCUUGGGACCAGCUUUAAGGUACCUCUCCAUCUGCUGGCAUUCAAGCAGAGUCAAGGUGUGUAACAUUGAGGACUGGAUGAAAAACACAUUCCAGAAAGACAUCUGUCGUAAGCAUGAAAAUGCUGUCAAUCAUUUUUUAAUACAAGUCUGCAAAAGACGCAGGCAGAGUUGGAAAUGGUGCCCAAACUUGCUGUCCCUGACCCUUUCUGGAUGUGGCCAUGUCACAGAUGAUUACCUGUUGUUGCUUCUCAAGAGCUGCCCAAACCUCAAGAUACUGAAACUGGAAAACUGCGUGCGGAUCACUGACCGGACUCUGGAAGCUGUGACCCUCUAUGGGGGCUCUUUACAAACCCUCCAUGUGGAUUUCUGCCGGAACAUAACUCAGGCUGGUCUGGAGACAGUCCAGGAAAAAUGUCCUUCAGUAAUGCUGAAAGCAGAGAGAAGUGCACACAUGAUUCCAGACAACGAACCAGGGGAAAAAUUGAUGCUUGAAAGAGCAGUGAGAAAACUGGUACUGCACUAAGAGGGACCGAUUCCAGAAAUUCAAUAUAUGUGAAGAGAGACUGACAUUUUGAGGUUCCACCCAGUUUGCAAUUCAGCCUAUCUAUAUUCAUAUUGGCUUUGUUUAUAAAAGAAUAUUUUAUAAAUUUCACAAAUACUCUUGUGUUACUGGGUAAGGAGUUUACCUUGAUGGCGAUGGUCUGGCACCACUGGUCCUUCAUACUGGAAAAUUCCCUGUGCUAGCACACAGGAGAUGGUAAAUCCUGACUAGCUGAUGAUGACCCUGCUGAGAGUCUUGUGGGGAAGUCUGUGGUAUAUUUUGCUUGUCUAACAUUUAUGAUGAUGUAUCCAAAUCUCAGGGCCCAAGGGGAUGGAUAACGAACUUUUUAUUCCCAAGGAAAUAUGCAUGUGCCUGUUCUCUCAGAGAAGGAUCAUGAAUUCUAAGUAGAUGAACCAACCUUAAUCCUCCUGAUGCUCAGUUUAUUGCACAAGACCAGCAUACACUGGUUGCCAUUAAAAGCCUUCAACUUUUGCUUCAGGUAACAUUA